CAUAACGCCCCCCAACCGACCCCCCCCCCGCAGGGCAUCGGCUGCUACAUGUUCCGCAUCGACGACGCCGAGGUGGUGGACGCCACCAUGCACGGCAGCGCCGCGCGCUUCAUCAACCACUCGUGCGAGCCCAACUGCUACUCGCGCGUCAUCCACGUGGAGGGCCACAAGCGCAUCGUCAUCUUCGCCCUGCGCCGCAUCCUGCGCGGCGAGGAGCUCACCUAUGACUACAAGUUCCCCAUCGAGGAGCCCGCCGCCAAGCUGCCCUGCAACUGCGGCGCCAAGCGCUGCCGCCGCUUCCUCAACUAGGGGGGAGGGCGUGGUUAUGGGGCACCCCAAGGUGCUAUGGGGCACCCUGGGGUGCUACGGGGUGUCUUGAGGUGGUCAUGGGGCUCCCCGGGGUGCUGUGGGGCUCCCCGAGGUGCUGUGGGGCUCCCCGGGGUGCUGUGGGGCG